UUGAUUGUCUGUCGCCUACAAGAGCACCAAAAUAAGACGCCUUCGAGUUUGAUCCAGUGCUGGGACAGAUUUUACUGGAAUCGCGUACGACAAAGCAAACUGUGUGGCAAUCGGUCCCAUCUAACUUCCGAGCGAGACUAUAAAGGGCCUCAAUUGCCGGAGCGGACUAGAGGGAAGAAGCCGAUAAAGGAUGGUGGCCAAAUUCUCCAGGAGACAAUGGCUCACGCUUAUGGUGUUUGGUAUCGCCAAUUUUUGCAAUGCGAUUUGCGUCUCGCUUCAAGCACCGUUUUAUCCGAUGGAGGCUGAGAGGAAAGGAGCUACUGCGACGGAAUACGGCUUGGUGUUUGGCGUCUUUGAACUCGUUGUCUUCCUUAUCAGCCCCAUUUAUGGCAGACACUUGAACCGAAUCGGUCCGAAAUAUUUAUUCAACGGAGGAAUAUUUACUGUCGGCACAUGUGCAAUUCUCUUUGGUCUCCUAGACCGAGUGGAGGGUCACUACCCUUUCAUCGUGCUCUCCUUUGUAAUAAGAAUAGUUGAAGCGCUGGGCAACGCGGCCUUCUUGACCGCCUCAUUCGCGAUCAUUGCAAAAGAGUUUCCCGACAACGUCGCCACAACCUUUGCUUCACUGGAGACGUUUUUCGGCCUGGGACUCAUUACGGGUCCGACGGUCGGUGGAGCCCUGUAUCAGGUCGGGGGCUACACAACCCCUUUCGCCGUGAUGGGCUCGGCGCUUUUCCUCUCCGCAGUCAUGACUGCGCUCGUCCUUCCCGACCACGGAGACUCGGACAUUGACGCUAAAACCGGACCAAGCAUGUUGGCUGUGCUGAAAAUUCCCGGCGUGCUGUUGGCCGCGUGCAGCAUUGUCGCCACUUCGAUCAGUAUAGGUUUUCUGCAGGCCACUCUGGAGCCACACUUGCGACAAUUUGAAUUGUCACCCGUGGUUUUGGGUUUGAUGUUUGUCGUCAACGGUGGCACCUACGCCCUGACGGCACCAUGCUUUGGUUGGCUGUGCGAUCGUUACGUGGACCCCAAAGUUAUCACCGUCUUCGGAAGCCUUCUAGUCAUUUUCGGCUUCUCGCUAAUCGGCCCGGCGCCGUACUUGCCCUUUGACACUUUGCUGUCGGUCAGUAUUGUUGGUCUUGUGAGUCACGGACUGGGUAUGGCCGCGCAAUUAGUCGCAUCAUUCACUGACGCCUUGCGAACAGCAUUCGAGCACGGUUACCCAAACAACUUGGAGACGUACGGUCUCAUUUCUGGCCUUUGGACCUCAACUUUUGCACUCGGCGCCUGCAUCGGUCCCUCGAUAGCCGGUUGCCUUUUUGACAGCGUUGGAUUUCGCCACUCGACGACUUUUGUUGUCGGCUCCCAUGUUUUAGUGGGAAUAGCCGUGACCGUGUUUUUGGUGUUCGGACGUCAGCGCGGCCCGUACAAAGAUAUGGACGACUCUUUAAGCACAGACAACACUUCCGACACCCUGGUGAUUGAAAGCACUGACCUGAGCAACAGCUACUGCCGCAGUGGAAAGCACAGGAGAAAAACUCUGGCCGGCAGCAUCUCCAUUGAGAGGCCACCAGGAAUGAUCAACGGACUCAGCGUGUGCAGCAGUUACAAAAAUAAAUACGGAACUUGGCAGAGGGAAGAUGGUUCGUCAGUGCUGAUCGGUCCAUACAGCUCAAGCUACGGAAGCAUCGAGCUGGGAGGUCGGGCGCCGCUGCUCACGUCAGACACCAGAGCAGCCUAAUCUCCACAUUUUCCUCACUCCAUGCCAAUCAUCAUAAUUCAUUUUAGGAACAAUAGACUGUGUAAUGAAUAAUUUUCAAAUUUCACAUAAUUUUAAAAAGGCCGUUGUCUUAAUUUUAAUCAGCAAACACACUACGUCAAAGCGGCAUCUUCCUAGUUUCGAUAAUUAUGAUUAAUUUAGCUUUAAUUCUUCACUUUUUAUUUUAAUGCAUUUUUAUGGGUAGUUGUCAUUGACGCCGUGCUGAAUUCAUAAUAAAGUUUGUAUAAAACUGAAA